AUGCCUACUCUUAGGAGAAGCAAACGUUCCAACAACUCCGGAAAUGAGAUGCCCCGCCCGAUAAGAACGCCCGAUGUAUUCCUUGUUCCCGAAAUUUUGGAAGCUAUUCUUUUGGGUCUGGACAUGCACACAUUGCUGAUUUCAGCUCGGCAAGCCCUGUUUUACGUUCCCAUCGACACAGAUAGCACAGGGACCCGUCGCAAAUCAAGGAAGAAUCCUCUUGUAGUGGAUAGGAUAUGGUUCGAAUUCAUCUUUACAGGACUAAGCUCGCGGGUGAGACAUGGUGCAUGGUAUUGCCCUCAUAUUGCCUCGGACGAGAAAGAAAGAGCAUAUCUGCGCCCCGAGGCAAGCUGGCGGCGGAUGCUCCUUCAACAACCGCCAACCUCAAUCGUCCGCUUCUGGGACCCCGAGUGCCUUUGGGGCCCCUACUGGCAUAAUCUUCCCAAAGACCAGAUGGUCAAAACUGGAGCUGAGUGGACGCCGGAAGAAGACUAUCAUCGCAUGGAGAACGUCGCAUUUGAGAUCGACACAGGAGCAAUUUCAGCGGGACCUCUGCCUUUUCUAUGCUGGGCAGAUGCCCUGGCUCUGAGGAAGGUCAUGCGCAAGUCCAAGCGCCACAAGCAGUUACGCCGCGAUCAUACUCUCAAACGCUACCUUCGCAAGUUCGAUCUCACUAUCAACACGGAAUGUCCUGAGUUCUGGCCAGGGGUCUGGAUUGAGAACCAUCCGGUACCAAUAAGAGAUUUUCGUCAGUGGUGUGACACAGAGGAUGUCAAGUUGUUGAUAGCCGAUCCACGUUAG